GGUGGCAAUAGCAGUCGGUAACGGAGCCGUGGGGUGGCGGCGGCGGGCGGGGCCUGGGCUGGCACCAGGAUCCUCCCCGUCGCCUCUCGCUCUCUUCCCUGGUUGGCCGUGGUCACCGGUCGUUGCCGAGCGCGCGAGGAGGGACGGGAGCCCGUAGGGUCUGCGUGUGCGGGGGCGCGAGCCGUUUUCCCAUAGCGCCCCCGCCAGCGACCCCACCGCUAGCUGGGUUGCGGGCGUCGCGCUCGGCCUCCGUUUCCCUCUGCUUCCGUGCCCCCCCCGCAUUCGGCGGCUCCCAAGGUACCGCAGAGGGGCGGGCAGGCGGCGGGAGCAGCCCCGCAUCCAGCGGUUAUAUAAGCCCAAGGCCCGCGCACCCCCGUUUCUUUGACCCCGAAGAGCGGCGGAGCGGCCGCGGGGCCCGGGGCAGUGCCUUCUCGCUGUUAGCACUCGGGGUUCACUUCGUCAGGGGAAGGAGUUGUGGGGAAAAUCGGAGGCGCUGGCAAGCCCGACUGGCACUGGUAGCAGACUGUGUUUUCAACGGAUAUAUCUUAAAAGAAUACCACCGUUUGUUUCCGUAGGAGAAGUGAGGAGGCAGCCUGAAAUCCUGGAACUGCACUGGAAGGUUUCAGAAUACCUCAAGCUUCAGGAGAGACUGGAGAGCAGCCUCUCUGCAUGCCUGCCUCUGUUCUGGUUUGGAGCGGGGCCACAAAAUUAUUCUUUGCAGUUCUUAAAACCCCUUUCUAACUUUAAGAAAACAAGUGUGAGAUUGAAAAUGAUUGACAGUGAAAGAAUGCUGUGAUGCAGGACAUGGAAGAAGACAAGUUGUUUCCUAUAAAGUAACAACUGUUUCCAGUAAAGUAACUAAGCAGCUACAGUCUGAGAAGUUUUGACUCUGAGAGAAAACGGAGCAGUGCUUGAAGGUCUGACAAAUGUAUCCCAGGUUGAAAAACUGCUGCAUUCCUUCUUCUCUUCCUCCUUUAGAAAACUGACUUCUUUAAAGAGGUAAGAGAGAAGCAAAAGAAGUAAGAAGAUGCUGGGAUCAGAACGAGGUGUUGUGGAAGAAUGGCUGUCAGAAUUCAAGGCAUUACCUGAAACACAAAUUUCCAACUAUGCAGCUACAUUGCACCGAAAAAAACCACUGGUACCAGCUCUUUAUAAGGUCAUUCAGGACCCAAAUAAUGAGCUCCUGGAGCCUGUUUGCCACCAACUCUUUGAACUUUAUAGAAGUUCUGAAGUACGACUCAAGAGAUUCACGCUGCAGUUUUUGCCAGAGUUGAUCUGGGUAUAUCUGCGUCUUACUGCCAGCAGGGAUAGGCAGAGUAAUGGUUGCAUUGAAGCAUUGCUGCUUGGCAUUUACAACUUGGAAAUUGCCGACAAAGAUGGAAACAACAAAGUUUUAUCUUUCACCAUCCCUUCGCUAUCUAAACCCUCAAUAUAUCAUGAGCCCUCUACUAUUGGAUCCAUGGCUUUAACUGAAGGAGCUCUAUGUCAGCAUGAUCUCAUCAGGGUAGUUUACAGUGAUCUUCAUCCUCAAAGAGAAACCUUUACAGCACAGAACCGGUUUGAGGUGCUGAGCUUUCUUAUGCUGUGCUACAAUUCUGCUAUUGUGUAUAUGCCUGCCUCUUCUUACCAGUCACUUUGUAGGAUGGGUUCCAGGUUGUGUGUAAGUGGAUUUCCACGGCAACAUGAGAAACAUUGGAAAGAACACUGUGGCAGAGUGGUGUUAGAUCCUGACUUCAUGGUGCAGCUGCUCACAGGUGUCUAUUACGCCAUAUAUAAUGGUCAGUGGGAUCUUGGCCAGGAGGUAUUGGAGGACAUAAUUUACAGAGCACAGCUUGAGCUCUACUCACAGCCUCUGCUGGUUGCAAAUGCCAUGAAGAACUCACUGCCCUUUGAUGCUCCUGAUGCAUCACAAGAAGGCCAGAAGGUACUGAAAGUAGAAGUUACUCCAACAGUGCCGAGGAUUUCUCGGACUGCUAUUACAACAGCUUCUAUCCGUCGUCAUCGCUGGAGGAGAGAAGAUGGCUUUGACUUCUCAAACGAGGCUGACUCAAGCAUACCUGGCUCACCGAUCCAACACGGCUCCACAGACCUAGGGAUCAAACGUGAGCAAGAGGGGGAGGUGCUGAUGCGCAGGACCCCUGAGCAUGGCUUCCCGGAGCCCACCUUGGCAACAGCCACAACAGAGGAUACUGAAGAUGUAAAUGGAAGAGAGGAAUCUGUGAACCUUAAUGAUGCUGAUGAAGGAUUUUCAUCAGGAGCUUCCCUCAGCAGUCAGCCAGUUGGGACCAAACCUCUAUCAUCUUUAUCCCAGAAGAGCAGCUUAAGGAAAACAGCAAGUGGGCGUUCUGCUAAAGAAACUUCUUCUGGAGCAAAAUGCAAUGAGAGUCCUCGAGAUUCAGUAGCUCGGAAGCAGUACGUGCACCAAUCCACUGAGCUUGGUGCAGAUAUAAUUGAAAUGACACCUACUAAGAAACACCUCAGCCUGCCUGCUGGGCAAGUGGUGCCAAAAGCCAACAGUUUGAGUCUGAUCAGGACCGCCAGUGCUUCCUCCAGUAAAUCAUUUGACUGCGUGAAUGGCAGUAAAGCAGGCUCCAGUGUUGGAGCUAGUACAGAGGGUGUUACCAAUCUAGCAGCUGGCAACACCAAUCGGUUUUCAACUAUCAGCCUACAGGAGGAACGACUAGGCCAAGCUGGGGAAGGUAAAGAUCUCCUUCCCUCAGGAGCUCCCCUAACCAAGCAGUCUCGAUCUCCAAGUUUCAAUAUGCAGCUGAUAUCCCAGGUGUAACUUUGACUCCCUUCCUUAGGACUCCCUCUUUCCCAUUAGUCCCCAGGAAAAUUCAUCGACAGGCAAAACAUGAACCAUCAUCCUGCAGUGUGAAAAUACUGACUGUUGUGAUCUUGUUUUAUUUGGUUUAGCUAUCAUACUGUAUUACUGAAACAGCAAUAAUUCUUCCCUUCACCUUCAUCCUCCCCUCCCACCUUGUAAACAUGGUUGUGAAGCAGUAUAUAAUGUACUGUAUGCCUUUUUCCAUGCCUUCCUUUCUCCUUGGGUGAUGUGCAAUCCAUCGUAGGCUGAUCAGUCCCAUUUCAACACUGUGAGACUGGAGACACCGGCAGAAAUGGUGAAUGUGAUCCCUAUGAGAUGAUGCUUUGGCUUUGUUAAGAAAUAGAAACGGGUUUGUUUUUUCAGUCUGUAGUACUGCAAAGACUACUGGAUCAUGACUUUUCUUUCUCAGAACCAGGAGUGCCUCAGAGAUUUUAGUGUGACUUUGGACCUCUCUGAGUCUGUGCAAUCAAUUCUGGGGAGGGGAUUGUCAUUGCUGCUCCUGGCUGCCUACAGCACUUUUUUCAUUAAAAUGAGGGUAGUUUUUUCUUGCCUGCCCCUAGUCUCCCAUCCCAGAAGCUUUUGAUGUUCAGCAACUGAGACAUGCAUAUUAACAAGUUGUUUUCCCUCAGAGAGAAGAUUCUAAGUAGAUAAUGUAGGUUACAAUGCACUUCUAAUGGUGUUGUAGCCAUAUAUAAUGUUACAUGUCUUCCCCUCCAGGACACAGGGUCAUUCUGCAUAUAGACUAAAAUUUAGACAACAUCAUGCUGUUAAAGCAAUUUGAUUUGUAAGUGGGAGGGAAAACACUGCUUUCCCAAGAACUAAUGGCUAGCUCGGCUUCAUUUUUGUUGUUUUUGUUGUUCUUGUGAGGUGCUGAUCACUGAAUUGAAAGGUGUAUUCAGGUAAAGAGUAUUUCUCAGGUUGCUUUCUAUGGUAUCAUGGCUGUUGGACACCUCCACCCCUCUCAGCUGCAUUCUCAGUGUUCCUGAAUCCAAUCAUGGAGUCAUUUGAAGAAUCCUGCAGUCCAGACAGAUCAUACUCUUAAGCGGCUGUCUCAGGGACAGACACAAAAUUUUGCUAGAAACACUGAAGCUUCAAUGUGAAAUGCUUUUCUAGAAACACCAUUUGUGCAAAGGGGUACUGACAGUCAUUUUUUUUGAGAAGGAUCACUCUUCUUUGCCUUGGUAUAUAUAAUCUGUUGAGGUUUUUUUAGUCUUAUUUCAGUAGAUUGACCCUGCUCUAAAAAUUCAAAAUUCGUGUCAUUGAGCCAAGCCUUGAAUGUAUAUGAUUGGUGUCUGGGCAAUGGCUGGUACUUAAGCUAGAGAACACCACUUAGAAGCACAUUUCUGGUUACAUCGGAGAAUGUUUCUCAUUCUCUCUCCAUCUCUUUCUAUCUCUUUUAUGUAUUGCUAGAGAGAAAAGGGGAAAGUUCAUUAUCUGUGCUCAUGGCUUCAUGUAUGAUAUCCUGAAAGUUUACAAAUUGUAAAACCACAGGAAAGAAUUAUGAUCUUCAUGUGGGCAUUUUGGUUUCACUGUUACUGUGAAGGAUAAAAAUAAGCAAUUGCAAAUAGCAUGCUACCUUUGAAUGAUAGUCCCUAGGAAACUGAGGACAAUGACACAGUGUUGCAUUGCUAGUAGCUGGGUUUGGGUUGGGUUUUUGUUGUUGUUGUUUUGAAUCUUAUUAUUUCAAAUAGAACUUUUUUUUUUCAAAUUUACAUUAAAAUCUGUUUAAAUAUUUGAAGGGUUUUUGUGGUUUUGAUGAGUCACUUUGGUGGUUAGUCUAGUCCUUUUAUCUUACAUUCAUGAAGUAAAUUAAAUGGCAUCUGGACUGAUGCAGAAAUUCAGUUAAAAAGUAAAUAGAAUCACCAGAAAGACAGAAAAAUUACAUUUUUCUAAAUUGUAGUUAAUCUUUAAGGACCAUUAGUCACCCACAGAUGGAACUAAGGCAAAGUUGAGAUUAAGCUAUGAGGCACUUUGUGUAAAAAUGUGAAAAGCUGUGUAUGAGUAAACUCUAUUCUAUAUAAAGUUUUAUUCGUGGAGGCAGUUGGUAAGUCUGAAAGUAUAAAGAUUAUAUUUUGUAGAGACCUUCACAAAGGAAUUUCUAUUACAGAAUCAUCACUGUAAAUUGAAAAAGACCAAAUAAUUUGUGUAAAUCUUUGGGAAAGAAAAGAUCAGUAGUGUCAGAUAACUUUUUAAGAAUAAUUUUAUUAUUUUAAAAAGAGGUGUUGUUCAUUAGCAAGGUUCUCUACAUUUGCCAUUGUAAGCAUUCUUCCAGAAGUUGUAGGACCCUGAAAUUGGCAUCAAGUAAAAUUGUACAACUGUUUUUUUUCUUUUUGCCACCUUAAUAUAUGUGGAGUUCCACAAUAUUAAACUAUUUCAGGAGAAUGAGGCAGCUCAGUGACUUCAGGUAGGGAAAUUAAAUAUAUGUGCAUAAAUUUUAAUUGGUUAAAACUUUAGUCAAACUACCUUUUAAAGAUAUUUUUACAGUUCUCAUUUUGAUUAUGUGCCUUUUGUUCUCAUUUCGUCCACUGUAUUUUGAUUUGGUCUUAUGUAUAUAUACCUACCCCAUAUAAGGGUUUUUAAAGAGUUCAAAUUUAUCCUUGUAAAACGAGGUGUUUUGUUUUGGGGUUUUUUUUUUUGCUAAAGCAGUGGUGACAUGGUACAUCUAUAACUUCUUGAAAUUACCCUUUUAGAGCAAUGUUUAAGUGGGGGGACUUUGUUUUGUCAUUUUUCAGAUAAGUACAGAAAGAUGUUCAACAUCUUUUUUGCAAAAUGAGUCACUGCCAAUACCUACAAAACAACUGUAAUAACAGACUUUACCAGUGCUUUGUAUUGUGUUCAUCAUUAAUGCUUCUAGAUGUGUCUCAAACUAUGCCAGAGUGCAUUAAGAUCAUAGCAAAACUUGAUACACUGAAGUUCAGCACACUUGAAAGUACUGUGACAGAAAUAAAAUUAGAAGUGUCUGGGUUAUGGGUUGACAGAAUAAUCUGUUGGCUUUCUGAUUAUGCAUGUUAAGUCCUAAACAAAGUACAAAACAUAUUUAAAUUUUCUGACACCCAUGACAAAUAUUUAGACUUAAACCUCGUUAUCCUGAAUUUACUCUGCUGUGUCUCGUUUUAGAACAUUUGGUACUUGACAUGAUGCACCAGAUUUACAUUUUUGCAGUAUUUCAGUGCAACUGCAGCAUUCUAAAAGAAGGUCCAAAAGCAAAACACUAGGAUUUUUUUGCAUAUGUGUGUGCACAUGCAAGGACAUACAUGUAAUUGUAGGUAAGGAUGUGUGGGUACUGUAAUUUUAUGUAUAUAUACAUUUAAGUAGGAAUAAAUUAAUUAUUCCUUGAUAUAAUUUUUGCCACAUCACAAUAUGCUGCCAUUUUGCAACUCGUUAUUGUUGAGCUUUAUAAUUUAAAGAAAAUACAAAAUUUUGGGAUUGUUAACUGCAGUUUGAGUAUCCUUUUCAGGGGUUUAUUGUGAGUAGCUUUUUGGUUGAAUGAUGAGCCAUUUUUUCAUCCUGUAGGCAGCAAAGUGAUGAAAUAAAAAUACCUAUUAAAAUGAAUGUUGCAAGAUGACAGUUUAAAUUGCCGUAUUAUCCUUUUAGUUUUCAUUUGGAGACUUUGGGCACUAUCCAUUUUAAACAGAUUUCUUUGAACACCCUUUCUGAAGUGAAUUUGGAGAUUUUUUUUUUAACAGCACUCUUCAUUCUGUAAUGCUGAACAUCAUGUUGCAGCCAGUAAGCGUUAGAUCUAGUAUUUGUAAUUUACAAGUGUAUUAGUCUUAAAUACAGCAUUUCCAAUGUACUCCUGCUAGAUUUAACAUAAUUAAAACCACCGUUUUAACAUCAAAAUAGUGAUGAAAAAAAUGUUUUCUGACAAAGUAUUUAUUUGCACUACUUAUGAAUACUGGAGUUUACUGGGACGGGGUUUUUUCUCACCAUGUGAGGUUUACUUGUGUGUGAGUAGGUACAUACAUUUGUCACAUGUUGACAAUUAAUUGCCUCAACUCUGUGUAUACUAUGUGUAAAUAUGAACAUAUUUUUCAAGAUUAAGGGGGAAACCUGCAUCUUGAUAGUGGUAAAACUACUCUAGUAAGGUGACCCCAACUCGUAACCCAUUUUUCUUUCCAGAUACUAUGUGGUAUGUUUUACUUCUUUAAUGAAGAUUAUUAGUGUUCUUGGAAAAUUUUAGCUCCAGGGAUAUUUUCCUCAAUAUUUAAUGUAUAACAUAUAAUGUUCAGAGAAUUAUAUUUUGAAAAAUUAAUUUUGGAAUAGAUAAUUCUAUGCUAUGGCUGUAUUUUAACCUAAGAGGUCAAACUUGUCCUAUUUUAUCAUGAACCAAUGACUAUCUCUUUUAGGUGUUCAGCGUUUAACUUCACUCACAAACCAGAAAGUUUUGUUUCUCUUGGCUUACAAAUUUUAAUUAAUUUGAAGACUAAAUGGGACCCAAGAAUAACUCCAUUGAGUAAAAUCACAGACUAGGUACUGUACUCAUAAUCCUAAAGGAGGUGUGAACAUAUUUGAAUGAAAUGUGUGUACUGCAUAUGAAACAAAAAUAUAUUCCUGAUUUUAGUAAAUCUAAUAAUAUCAUCCUUAAAUUCUUCAAUUCUCUCAUUGCCAAAGAUAUUACUACCUGGCAUGUUUAAUAUAAAAUUAGAACCAUUAGCUAGGUCUCGUUUGUAAAUAACAACCAUUUAUAUCAUAGGAAUAGUUUGCAUCAGAAGAGUAAACAUGCCCCUUUUAAAAGAUGUUUCUCAAUUUCUUGUGUAGGAUCAUUACAGGACUAAAGUUGCAAAACAUCACUUGUUUCCAAGCAUGGUAAACAAAAAAAGCUAGAUCCUCUGUACUUGCAUUGCAUUCUUGGUUUAUAUAAAAUUGUUGAGUAUUUUAUGUUUUCCUCAUUAUUUUAAAUGCUGUUUGUUUCUAGCAUAUGGGCCUUAUUUUUUUUUAGUUUGUUUUCCCACUGGCAAGUGGAUAAACUCUGCUGUGGAAAGCUUUUCUGUAGGUGAUUCUGGGUAACAGAUCAUGGAGUGGGUGUUGUGUUAGUGAAUAUGUGUAUCAGGCUGUCAAAAUUUGCAUGUCAUGACCAGCCAAAAUACUCAUCUGACUCUUACAUAGUGGUGGAAGACAAUGGUGAGCUGCAAGCAAAUUCAUUUGUCAGUAGUUCCUGAAAACAAGCAGUAAGUGUUUUUGCAAGAGUGAUACGUAUGAGGACUUCCACAGUCAUUAUGAAUUUUUAUUUAGAAUAAAACAAACCUUGGAACAAGGAUUCAAAACAUAACAGCUAGCCUUUUUGGAUAAACUUGUUUAGUAAGUUUGCCAAGUGUCAAGGCCUUUGACAUUUAAAGUUCAGAAGCAAGCUGUAGAAGUGUAAAGGAUACCUUACAGCUUCCAGAAAUGGACUUAAUAAAAACCUGCCUCAUUACCCACCUGUAUUUGUGAUUUAAUGAAAAAAAAACAAAAAACCACAAUUUUUGCUUCCAUUCUUAUUUUUCUCUAGACUAUGUCCCCGCACUUUUUUUUUUUUUUUUUUUUUGGUUACUGUGUUCAUCAGGUUUUACCAAAAGAAGUACCUGAGGGACCAAUUAAAUGGGUCCAUAAAUUAUCCUUCUUGUCUUAGAGGAUUGCUAAGCUAUUCCUGGGAGGAGCUGUUUAUGGGAACAGAUGUAUAGUAAAACUUUGUGUCUGUACAGUAAAACCUUGCCCUGCAUUUUAGCUUGUGCACAAUGAGCAAAGUGAUGAGAUCAAGCUUUAUUAACCAGUUACUUGGUUGUGAGCUCCCAGUGUUUUACAGUUGGUGAGAUGUAGGCAAUUUAGAGUGCAGUAUCUUUGCAUGCUGAUGGAACUCCUUAAAGCAAUUUAAAUUUUGACUCUUGGAAAAGAUGAUUAAUCACCUAUUAAAAUGUGACAUAGAAUUCACACAGAUUUUUGGGGUUUAGGGAGUAAAAUACUCCUUUCUGUUUAGGAGUAUCUCCUAGCAAAGUGGCUCUAUGGUGUUUUGUCAUGGAAACUUCCUUACAAAUCAGUGGAUCCUGUGUGUUUGAGUCCUCACCCUCCUCAGAACUGAUCACAAAACAGAAAAAAAUAGUAUGAAUAAAACAACUUUUUAUUCUAAAUAAUUAGGACUUGGGAGUGUCAAAAAUACUGGCUAUUGACACUGUUCUUUCUGUUCAGGCAGUUGUCAUUGUUGUGCUAGACUUUCAUGUUAUUAGUUUAUGAAAAAUGCAAGUAGUAAAAACUUUGUGGCUUCAAGUAUACAGUAGAUGUGAGUUAACAAUCACUCAGGAUAAACCAACUUGGCAACAUAUUAAUAGAUUCCUAGUACCAGGGUGUGUCUGUUUUUGUGUGCCAGUGUUCAGUGAUUACUUUGAAACAAGACUUCUUACUGUUUUCCUGCAAAUAGUGAAUAAUUUAAGAAUGGAUGUUAGUAGCUGGCUUAUUUAUGGAAAAAUAUCAUAUAAUUAAAUUAAAUGGAGUCAUCUAACAUUUUUUCCAUAUCGAAGAUUCCAGGAGAAAGCUAAUAAAGAUUUUUAAUAAAUCAGAUACUCUUAAUACAUUUUAGAUUUACUAUGGUAGCUUUUAUUUGCUAUAAAAAAACCCCAACAACUAAAUUGAGGUACCCCAUGCUGCAUUUUUUUAAAUUUGUAAUUCCUGUACUUUACAAUGAAUCUUUUGAUCUGUUUGCAUCCCUGUAUGAACACAGGAUAUGCUGUCAGUUUUACUAGCAAAAAGAAACAAUCUGCAAGAGUUAAAAAGAUUAUUUUCUUACUUUUUUCUGUUAUACCAGCUUUGUUUCUCUGAACUAAAGUUUCGGAGGAUUUUUACUACUUUAGCAUUAUGUAAUCUUAUCUCUGUCAUAGAAGGAGCAUAAGCAGCAAGUAGCCCACUUCUUGUGGACAGACAGGCUAGGUGGAAGGAUAUGGAUUGGUGGUGUGAGCCCUCUUCACCAGGAUAGCCCAGUGUGCUGACAUGAACCCCAGACGUUCCAGAUUCAGUACUGGUAAAGGACUAAAACAAACGGGUGUUUAAUGACCGUAACCUUUGCUGUAUGGUGUCCUUUAAGCUGGGAGCAGGGAAAAAUCUUAGUUCUUAGACCUAAUGAAGAUGGCACAUAUUGAAGAUCAUGUUAUUGGUGCAUGUAAGCCAUUAUCUUAACUGUCUUACUGAGCUGGUUAAUGCUGUUGACUGUUGUUGAAAUGUGAAUUGUAGUUACUAUUGACUUUGUAAAUACCUGCCAGAGAUGAAAUAUAAUUAUUUUAAAUCAUUGUAAAUAGAGAUGUAUAAAACUCAACACAAUCUGCA